AUGCAGCUCUCUCUCAACAUCCUUCCGCUCCUUUCCCUCGCCCUCGUCCUCCUCGCAUUCGCUCCCUCGACCGAGGCGCACCAGCGAGGCCUGGCGUGGGGCACCAACGACUCUUGGGGGUCCAAACUGACCGGCGGCCUGUACACGUGGUACUGGCACUGGCAGGACGGUCCGAACCGCGUCUUUGACGGCAAGCUCGAGUUUGUCCCGUGCUUCUGGGGCAAAAAGUACGCGUCGCUCUGGCAGGCGCGCAAGAGCGAGAUGGCCCAGAAGCUGCCCAAGGCCAUCCUCGCCUUCAACGAGCCCGACAUCGCGAGCCAGAGCAACCUCCAGCCCGCCGAGGCCGCCCGCCUCUUUCAGCAGGAGCUCCAGCCGUACAGGAGAAAGGGCGUGCGCGUCAGCAGCCCGCAGAUUGUCUGGAACGUCGACUGGCUCUCGAGCUUCAUGAAGGAGUGCAACAAGAUCGGUUGCGAUGCUGACUUUAUCGCGCUGCACUGGUACGGAGGCUACAACGAGCUGCAGAAGCUCAAGGACUACGUUACGCGCGUCUACCGCACCUUUAACAAGCCCAUCUGGAUCACCGAGUACGGCGUGACGUCUGCCGGCGGCGGCUCGCAGGCGCAGGUCAAGCAGUUCCACGUCGAUGCCACCAACUGGCUCAACUCGCAGCACUACGUCGAGCGCGCCUCGUCGUUUGGCGCCUUUGCGGUGUCCAACCCGCCAGACGCGUUCGGCUCGAGCAAAAACGCCCUCUUCAACAGCAACGGCAGCCUCCGCGACCUCGCCUACUGGUACGUCCACGGCGCCUCGAAGCGCGACGUGGUCGAUGACGCGGUGGUUGAUGAGGCCGUCGACGGCGCAAUCGAGGAGGACAAGGGCAGCGCGAGCGCCGAUGGAGACAGGAUUCUCCAGGCCUCCGUGCCCAAGGCCCGCUUCGCCAAGCGGAGGCUCGACCAGGCUUGA